AUGUGGCGGCGGGGGGCGCGGUGGCGGGGCGGUGGGGGUGGGGUGGGGCUGGCUGGCUUGUGCGGGGAGGCGGCGGCGGCGCCGCCGGCCGCCGUCUGCGAGCCCAUUCAAGUGGAGGCGUGCCGGGGCCUGGGCUACAACGAGACGUCGCUGCCCAACCUGGUGGGGCAGGAGCGGCAGCGCGACGCGGAGCUGACGCUGGCCACGUUCCGGCCGCUCGUGCAGUACGGCUGUUCGGCGCAGCUGCGAGUGUUCCUGUGCGCCGUGUUCGUGCCGCUGUGCACGCACAAGGUGCCGGCGCCCAUCGGGCCGUGCCGUGCGCUGUGCCUGGCCUGGCCGGCGCUGCUCAACUGCAGCAAGUUCCCGGCGGCCAACAACCACGAGGCGAUGUGCAUGGAGGGCCCGGCGGAGGCGGAGGCGGGGNNCCCCGCCUCCCCGCCCCUGGUGCUCGCUGGCGACGGCGCCGCCUCCGCCGCCUGCGCCGUCGUCUUCCUGCUGCUCUACUACUUCGGCACCGCCGCCGCCCUC